UGGACCAGCGAAUACUAGAGCUGCCAAGUACAAGUUCAUUCGUUUCUAUCAAAUUCAAAACGGAGCUGCCAAUUGCUAGAGACAAUGAUUUGUGUCAAAAGAAACACUGUUUUGAGGUUAAAAAAGUAAAUUCUUGCUACCGCUACUCCGAGUCCCCGAAAACUUCUGUAAAAGUAAGAAAUAUGGACUUAUUUAUAUAUAUCUAAUUUUAUAUAUAUAUAGGCACACAUUGAAAAGGGCAUAAGAGUCCUUGCAACAACUUUUAAAGAGAGCAAACCGUAAUUCCCGUACGAUUCACUGUUGGAGCGCUCAACACGUCCCCACAAAUGUAACGAAUUUGUCAGACUUGUUCGCCUUCUUUCUCGUCCCCCCGCCUUCAACAAGACAAGCCCCUGAUUCUCUCUCUACUUUCUCUCUCUAGAAUUCAAUUCUUCAUCUCUAUUCCUCAGCAUCAAACUCUAACACUGAUCAGAUAUUGUUGAAAAUCUCCAUGUCAUUUUCCGACUCAGAUACCUCUUCUCAUGGCGGUGGUGGAGAGUACAAGAACUUCCGCCAAGUCAGCCGCGAAAGGUUAUUGUAUGAAAUGCUCCGGUCAUCCAAGACAGGGGACUCAAAAUCAACUUGGAAGGUACUGAUCAUGGAUAAAGUUACUGUGAAAGUCAUGUCUCACUCAUGCAAGAUGGCGGAUAUUACAGAUGAAGGAGUUUCAUUGGUGGAAGACAUUUACCGGAGAAGGCAACCUUUGCCAUCUAUGGAUGCUAUAUACUUCAUUCAACCUUCGAAAGAGAAUGUUGUCCUGUUUUUGUCUGACAUGUCAGGAAGAGAACCUUUAUACAAAAAAGCAUUUGUAUACUUCAGUUCACCUGUCCCAAAGGAAUUGGUUACUCGCAUCAAGAAUGAUACAAGUGUCUUGCCCCGCAUAGGUGCAUUAAGAGAGAUGAAUUUGGAGUAUUUCGCUAUAGAUAGUCAGGGAUUUAUCACUGACCAUGAUGGAGCAUUACAUGACCUUUUUGGGGAAGGUGUUGAGAAUUCUCGUAAAUUUGAUCUUUGCUUAAACACAAUGGCUUCCAGAAUUGCUACUGUUUUUGCUUCAUUGAAGGAGUAUCCUGUUGUGCGGUAUCAUGCUCCCAAGGCAGAUGCGUCUGCAGUGACUUUUCGUGAUUUAGUUCCGACAAAGCUCGCUGCUUCUAUCUGGAAUUGUAUUACAGUGUAUAAAACAACAAUUCCUAACUUUCCCCAGACUGAAACAUGCGAGUUCCUUAUCCUGGACAGAUCUGUUGAUCAGAUUGCUCCUGUCAUUCAUGAAUGGACUUAUGAUGCUAUGUGCCACGACCUACUGGACAUGGAUGGAAAUAAAUAUGUGCAUGAGGUUCCUAGCAAAAGUGGUGGUCAGCCUGAGAAAAAGGAUGUCCUUUUGGAAGAUCAUGAUCUUGUCUGGCUUGAGUUGCGCCAUGCACAUAUAGCAGAUGCUAGUGAAAGGUUGCAUGAAAAGAUGACAAACUUCGUGUCAAAGAAUAAAGCUGCACAAUUGCAACAAAGAGAUGGUAGUGAAUUAUCUACGCGGGACUUGCAGAAAAUGGUUCAAGCAUUACCACAGUACAAUGAACAAAUGGAAAAGCUCUCUCUCCAUGUAGAGAUUGCUGGAAAAAUUAAUGGUAUUAUCAGAGAUAUCGGGCUUCGAGAACUUGGGCAACUUGAGCAGGAUCUUGUCUUUGGUGAUGCAGGAACAAAGGAGGUCCUCAGUUUUUUUAGGGCAAAGCAGGAUGUAACUACAGAAAAUAAGUUGCGUUUGAUGAUGAUUUAUGCAGCUGUUAAUCCUGAGAAGUUUGAGGGUGACAAAGCUUCAAAGCUUAUGCAGUUGGCAAAAUUAUCUCCUGAGGAUAUGAAGGCAGUGAAUAACAUGAGAUUGCUUGAGCGAUCAGAUGCCAGAAAGACAUCAACUGGGAGUUUCUCACUCAAGUUUGAUGCUCAGAAGAGGAAACAUUCAGCAAGAAAGGAUCGAACUGGGGAGGAAGAAACUUGGGCACUAUUUCGAUUUUAUCCCAUGAUAGAGGAGUUGAUUGAACAGCUUACUAAAGGUGAAUUGCCAAAGGACGAGUAUCAGUGUAUGAAUGAACCAAGUUCAAGUGUCCAAGGGGGUACCAAGGGACAGAGUGCAUCAGCACGGACAACUCAAACUACUGCUCCACAUUCAAUCAGAUCCAGACGGACUGCAACAUGGGCUCGGCCUCGUCAGUCUGAUGAUGGAUACUCAAGUGAUUCGGUUCUGAGGAAUGCAUCUUCUGAUUUCAAAAGGAUGGGGCAACGCAUAUUUGUUUUCAUCAUCGGCGGGGCAACUCGAUCUGAGCUACGGGUUUGUCACAAGCUUACGGCAAAACUAAGGAGGGAAGUGGUCCUAGGUACAACGAAUUUCGAUGAUCCACCAAAUUUUAUCACGAAACUGAAACUGCUGUCAGAAAAGGGGCACUAGAUGAUGGCCUUCUGGGAUUUGUGGAAUAUGUUUUUUGCCAUACACCAGCAGUUGAUCGGAGAAAUGGCUUCUGAGUGCUCUUACUACUCUCUCAGGGGAAGGAACUUGAUUCACUGGGUUAAAAUAAUUCCGCAAGGUUUCAUGUGACAAUGUCUUGGCAGUAAAUUGAAAUGGGAGAUCAGUUACAAAUAGCAAUUGGUCAGUUGAGUUGUGUGCUUCUCUUCAGCCCAGAAUUUAGCAUUUCUUCAAGCCAAACAGAUGGUGGAAAUUGUUUUGGGGCAUUUUGAAUGCGUACAUUAUGUUAUAUAAAAUUAAGAUCAAUAAGUUUUAU